AUGUCCACAACAACAGCGCCGCAGGGCGACAUAUGUCCGGACCCGUCGGUCCAUGAACGCAAAGACCAACUAUCCGCAGCUGCCUCGACCGCCGCCUUGUACGCCACUCGCGAGAAAGAGUCGCCGCUGGGGAGUGAUGGCCGACUGUCCUCAAAGAGCGCCGCGACCUCAAUGCGCUACGCAAAUGCUCAAGACCUGCCCUCCUUCCCCAGCAGAGGCGGCCUGUCCAGCGCGGAUGCAGGAAAAGCUGCAACCAUGAGCAAAGACUACCGCAUGCAGGAAUUGUGGCAGCCUGAGCAGUCGACGGCAGGUUCAAAGGCCGCUCUUCUCGCGGCUAAGAAUGGAGGCAAGCUUGACCUGUGGGAGGCCACACCGAGCUCCGCUGGACAUUCAGCUGCGACUCUUGCUAUGCAAAGGAAAGGAUUGAGUCCUGAGUUAGACCGCGGCCAUACGGAUGUCGGUAGAAACAACUCCCUUCUGGCUGCGACCAAAUCGCUGGGAAGGCAGAGAGCGGGGAGUAUGCCGGUGUCUGCACCCUCAAAGUACCCGGACAGUCAGAAUCCAUCACGCAAUGCGCUUAAUGCGGCUACAGUCUCGCAUCGCGCUUCUGUGAGAAACACUACCGACGGCUGGAACUCGGACGCAAAUCAGGCAGCUCGAAUUGGGAAUGCGAACUUCGACCGCAAUCUGCUGAAGGAGGACCCUCAUAUCCAGUAUCAGGAAGACAUCGACGAGCAAAGACAUCAAGCAGCUCUACACGCCUCUGCAGCUUCUUUCGCGAAGUCACUCUAUGUCGUCCAGAAGCGUGGCGAGGUUGACCCAGAAACAUCCAGCUUGCACGACGAUGACCAGCCCAAUGUUGGCGCCGCCGGAGCUCGAACGGCGCACACUCGCAAUGCCUCCGCCGUAACAACCAACCCCAACCUCCGCGAGGAGGCUAUGCGCUACAUCCACCUCCAGGACGCAGCGCAUAAGCUCGCACAGGAGCGCCUCGCUAAGGUCGACAAGGAAAUGGAGGCAGGAAAGUACUGGGAAUACUACGGCUACCCCAGCAAAUCACAACGCAAGUCCCGCCGCUCCAUGCGCAGCAGCGUCCCAGGCGACCGCAACGGAGGCGACCGCAAACGCGCCGCCAGCGAAGGCCGCGGCCGACGGCUCUCAAAUGACAGCGACUCGGACGACGAGGUCCAAGCCCAGCGCAUCCGCCGUCAGAUGUCGCAACUCAACACCGCCAGCAACACCGUCUCCGACAAGCAACGCACAGAAGAUCGCGCCAAACUGAUGGCUGCCGCUGAGAAGCGCGUCCACGCCCAGAUGAGCUCCAUGGAUAACAAGAUGUUUAUGGAGACCGGCAAGCCCACGCAAGCCAUGAUGGACGAGUGGGAGACCAAGGCGCGGGAGAAGGCGGAGCGUGACCGUGUCGAUCGCGAGCGUCACCCGGGCAAGACGCAUAUUGGGGGUGGGAAGUACAUGGAUGAUGCGGAUAUCAAUGCCAUUGCGGCGGCGAGGCUGAAGCCGACGUUGGAUGAGCUGAAUGAUACGGCGGAGAAGAAGAGGGCGAGAGAUGAGGAGUUUAGGGUUCAGAGGGAUAGGCAGGAGACGGAGAGGAUGGAGGAGAAGAUGCGGAGUAGUGAGCAGAAGGCCGAGUUUAAGAGGAUUAAGGAGCAAGACAAAGCUGCUGCCAAGCGAGAGAAGGAUGAGCGUAAGGCUGCCCAGCGCGCAGAAAAGGAAGAGGCGAAGAACCGCAAGUCGAUGGAGCAACGCAAAAGUCGCGAGUACAAGCGCGACGAAGCUGCUGCUGCUGCCGGCGAAGAUGACAAUGAGCCCGCUCAUGAUGACGAGACCAAAGAGAGAGAGCUCGAGCCGACCAAGACGAACGAAACGACGAAGGAGAAGUCGGGACGUGGCAUGUUCGAUCGCAUCGCCAACAGGCUUAAGAAGCACGGCGGUGACGAGAAGAAGACAACCACCGAAAGCAGCGCCAUCCCGCAGCCUGGCGAGAGGGCAACGGUAGAAGAGAGCGAGAAGCAUGACGAUGACACGAACAUGCCGGUCGCAGGUAUCGCUGCUCUGUCUGGCGGUGCUGUUGCCGCCGCCGUCGUGGGAAGCGAAGCCGUGCCUGAAAAGGACAACGUCAGUACGAAGGACAUCGUUACUGGAAAGAAUGACGGCACGCUUGCUGGUGGCAGCUACGAACCUGAGCGGACGAGCGGUGAGCAUGAUGUGAGCAGCACGGCUCCCGUCCUGCCAGAGAUCUCUCCUCUCCCUACCGUCGACAUGGCGCAUGAACCGGAACAUUCUCACUCCCCACCACCGGCUGGCGUCGAGCAAGAGCACCCUGAGGUUCCCGUGCGGUGGAUCGACCAUGCUUCCGACCUCAGCGGGGAGUCUUCACUCGCAUCAUCCGAAGCUGGAGAGGCCGUUGAAGACAGAGAAGUCCCAGCCAUCACAACCAGCGGCCCGACACCCGGCCACGAAGACUCUGAGAUCGCAGCACUGGGCGGCAUCAUCGCCGCCGGCUCUCUCGGUGCCGAACGCAGCAAGAGCCACGACAACGGCGCAGACGUCGAGGAUGACUUGGCCCAGCGACCCGCAUUGCACCCCGUCACGAGCGCCGAACACACCGGCGACUACACCUUCGCCGGCCCGGCUGGGACUUCGGGGCGCCCGGAUCUGGAGAGGCAUAUUUCUAGGAUCCCGGAUAGUAGUUCUUCGUCUGAAGCGGACGAUGAGAUGGUGUCGAGUGAUGAUGAGAGUGCGUUUGUGGGGACCGCGACGUCUGCGCAGCCCGUGCAGGCGCAGACGGAGACGCCAGAGAAGGAUCGGGCGGUGGUGGUUGAUCCGACGCCGGCGCCUGCGAAGGAUGAGCCGGCUGCUCCUGUGGCUGGUGAAAAAGCUGCUACGCCUGCCGUUGAGCCAACGAAAGAGACCACCGACACCAAAGCAGCGCCAUCGCCGGCAGUGGCAACCGGCCCAUCGACGACGACUGAGCGGAAAGAAGCAGAGCCAGCGGAGGAUAAAGAGAAAAAGGGCGUCCGCGGCUUCUUCAGCAAAUUCCGCAGCAACAAGUCGUCCAAACCGGAGACCACCCCCAGCAGUAGCAGCGGCGGGAGACUGCACAAAUCGCAGCCUUCGACGUCAACGUCGAAACAUCCUUCAACCAGCUUCUCCAACUCCCGACCCCCGCCCGCCGGCGAAGCCACCACGACCACCAGCGCAGCCGAGCCCAAACCCUCCGACACAACAACCCCGGCGCCCACAACCUCCGCCGGAACAGCAGUCGAAACCCCGGACCUCCCCUCAGGACCCGGCGACGCAGCAGUCGAAGAACGCGCCGCCAGCCCCUCCAGCUUCCGGCGCCACGCCAACUCGUCCCGGGAUUUGGACGAUGUGAGUUCGAGCGGAGCGGAGGAAGAGGAUUUCUCGCGCGGAAGGGGAGGGGAGCGCGUGACGGCACUGGGCCGUGGCAUGGCGACAACAGCUGGCGCGGGCACUGGCGCGCCGGUGGAGCAGACGACGAGCAAUGAGGAGCAGUUUGAAGAAGCGCGGGAUCAUUUCGACGAGAGCCUGGCGCCGCCGCCGGCUUUUGCCGCGCAGGGGAAGAGUGAGGGGAGCCCUGCGAGGAGCAGGUUUUCGGAGGAUUUGUAG